UACGAGCAUUAUGGCCAGCUUGGAGAAUUGCAGGGAAACAACACCAAAUGUGUUAAAGAGAAAGCUAAUCAUGUUUGACUCUGUGCUAUUCUGUGCAAGGCAAGGAAUUUACAUGAAAGGACAGAUCAAGAAGCCAUUGUAUCAAUAUAGUGAUGAUGAAAAUUCCGAUGAUGGUCAAGCAGUGGCACUUUCAAACUUGUUUUGGAAAGUAUCAAAUGGUGAUCCUAAUCCAAGUUCUCAAUCAAGAAAGUCAUUCAACGCCACUAAUUUCCUGACCAAGCAAACACAAGAUCACAUACUUGAAACAUGUGGUGAAAUGUUAACUGCAAGAUUAGUUGCUGAAGUAAAAGAAGCCCAGUUUUUUUCCCUUAUAGCCGAAAAGGUCCUCAAAGAUGACGAAGGCAUCCGCAUUCCAUUUUUCGUCCGGUUCGUGGACAAAGAUUCCAAAAUUCGAGAACAGCUUUUGCAGUUCAUCCCUCGUGGUAAUUCCCACCCUGACGAAAGUUUAGCGGAGACUUUUGGCAAUAAUAUUCUUCAAGGCAUAGACAGGUUAGGUUUAAACAUGGAAUUUUGUCGAGGGUUGAACUUUGAUAGUGGUAAUAAUGUUGGUGAUCUUUUCAAAGUGGUAGAAAAAAUUCAAUCCAAUUACCCAAAGGCGACAUACAUUCAUGCAAGGUUCGACCUUUUAAAUGCAUGUAUUGUAUCAACAUGUAAGGUAUGGUCAGUUUGGCAGAUGUUCUAUAAAAUGAGAUUUACAGCAACGCUUUUUGCAGAAGAGAAAGAAAUUCAGGAAUUCUUCAAACUUAUGAUUCGGAAAGUUAUGCCUGAUUCAGAGAUUGACCAUCUAAUCGAGUUAAGCCAUAUCAACUGGAGUAGUAAUGUGCAACAGUUUGCCAUUUGGGUCAAGCUGUUUCCAGCAAUAAUUACAACCUAUGAUGAAAUUCAUGAAGGUCGAAUAUGGAUUAGAGAUAGUGACAAAUGUUCUUCAGCUGUUGGUGCUUCUCUAGUAAUGCAAACAUUUGAGUUUGUUAUUUGCAUGGUCAUUGUUGCAAACUGUGUUGAGAUCACCACUGAUUUAACGGAGGAAUUACAGAAAGUCUGUUACGACUCAAACCUAAUCCGCACAAAGGUAUCUGAGGUUUACAUGAAACUCAAUAAGCUAAAAGCCAACAUCAAAGAGCACCACUCUGCUUGGUAUGAGAAAGCAAUUGACUUAGCAAGAGAAAUUGACAUUACACCAGCAAAGGCAGAAAGGUAUCGCACCAAGCUGACCAAGCAUAAAACAAACCCUGAUGAAUCUAUAUCCGAGCAUUACCUGAAUUUGAUAACCCUACCUUUCAUUGACCAUCUUGAAGCUCAACUGAAGCUUCGAUUUACGGAGGCUAGCCUAGAUGCCUUGGAUGGUGUGGCUAUGAUGCCAUCUAACGUUGUAGCCAACCCAGGAACAUGGAAAACGGCCGCUUCAAGGUUUACUGAAAGAUACAAGUCUGACUUGCCAAACUAUGCAGACAACGAAAAUGAGCUGCGACUUUGGGAGAUGACAUGGAAAGACAGUGCACAAAAGCCCCCGGAGACUGCCUUAGAAUUGCUGUCAGACGAUUCUUCAAAGAAGCCUUUUAGGAGCCAAUUGGAAAGGGCGUUCAAGAUUUUCGCUACAAUGCCAAUCGUUCCGACUGAAUCCGAAACGCCAAGACUUAUGCCGUACAUAAAUGAAGAGCUGUGUCUUUAUUCCAUGUCUGAUAGUUAUCUCAAUGCUUUGGCUUUGAUGAGCAUUCGUGGAAAAGAGUUGGAAACGGAGGACGUUAUUGAAUGUUAUCAAAAGAAAUAUACACUAGAUUUAGACUAAACUAGAUUUAGACACUAGAUUUAGAUUAGACUAUAAAACUUCAUACCGAGCAUAUAAAGUAAAGGACAACGGACCUUCAAUGUUGUGUUGCAAGUUUAAAAUGCUGAGAGACAUUUUUUUUUGUAUGUAAAUCAGUAAAUGUUCAAUAUUUCAGGACACGUAACUGAUAUAAAAUGGUUGUAGUUGUGGGUCU